GUGAGAAAAUAUAUGCAAUAAAUAAAUAAUAAUAUAUUUGAUUAAUUAAAUCAAAAUUUAAUAGAUUUAUUGUAAUUUUAGUUUUUAGGAAACAAUACUAGAUUGAUAGAUAGUAAAAAUCCAUAAGGAGAGAUAAUGUAAGAUAUAGUUAUAGAUCAUAAAAUUAGAGAUUGGGUUUUCUUCCCCAUCGUUAUUGUCAUGAUUAUGGUUACUUUGAUUAGACAUUACUUGACAAUUAGUGGCAACAAAGUUUAGAUUCCAAAGGCAAGUUCAAAGACUGAAUAAGUUGAUGUCAGCGAUAAGUUGCAAUUAAUGAGAUGUUAAAACUUGGUUAAGCACGGAGGUUUAUUGAAAGAAGCUUCUUUCAAUCGCAGAAAGUAUCAUUUAUGUAAGGACAGAACAAAAGGUUAUUUAGUUGAAAGAGGUGAAAGACCUGCUCCUGAAACAAAUAAUAAUGGCGCUCCUCAAAUGCCUAUGAAUUCUAACCAAAUGAUGGAUAUGCUUAAGGGUAAUAUCACUAUGGCCGUACCUAUGAUCGUUCUUUUCAGUUGGGUCAGAUAUCUCUUUUCAGGUUUCAUCGUUGCACGUGUUCCUUUCCCUUUAACCUAAAAGUUCAGAUAAAUGCUUUAAAGUGGUAUGAAUAUGAUGAAUUUAAAUGUCAGAUACGUUUCUUCUUUGUCUCUUUACUUCUUGGUCUUAUCUUCUCUUUCAUAGUUGAUCAGUAUUUUCUUAAAAAAUGAAGACGAAUCCGAAUCAGACCUCAGAGCCAAAGAAUCUUUGACUAGAAGAAUCAAGCCUGCUAUGCCUGGUAUGGGAGGCAUGAUGGGUGGCAUGGGUGGUUUAGGAAACAUGAUGAACCCAAUGGAAUAAAUGAAUCAAAUGAAAGGCAUGUUUGGUCAAUAAUAAAAUAACUAAACUGGAUCUGCUAACCAAAAGUUCUUCUAAAAUGAAAAAGAAAAUCUUGAACUUCAACAAUAUUAAGGCUUCCUUGAUGAUGCUGAAGAUUAACUCAUCAAAAAAUAUAAGUCUAUGCUUAGAAGAUGAUCAUGAGUGUUGCUUGACAAAUAGCUAUUUAAUUUAAAUAUUAAAAAAUAUUCAUUCAUUAACUCAAAUUUAUUUUCAAAUAUCAAUAUUUGUUUUUUUGUUUGCCUUCAGCAUUUUUUGGCUUAAUCAAUCAAUAUUUCAAUAUUUUAAAUUUACAUCUAA